AUGGGUUCCUUUCCUCUUCCUGCGCUUCCUCAGCGGAAGCCAUAUUCCAGUCUACGAGAAUUCUUGGCCACUCUGUCAGAUUUAGGCGAUGUCGCUGAGAUCACGCGAGAGGUCGACACGCACCUCGAAAUCGGCGCGAUCAUCCGACGCAGCCAUGAAAACUUUGGUCCUGUCCCAGUGUUCAGCAGUAUCCGCGAUCAUGCGGGAUAUCGCGUGGUCGGAGCGCCCCUCUCCUACAGCUCUCUUCCCAAGGCUCGCAUGGCGCGAAUUGCCAUGACUCUUGGAUUGGAUCCCACUACCCCCGGCACGGAAAUUGUGCAAAUUUUGGCCAAAACAACCAAGCUGCCACCCAUUCCUCCGGUCAUUGUCGAAGAUGGGCCAGUCCAUGAGAAUAUUUUGCUAGGUGAUCAGGUUGACCUCCUCAAUCCAGACGGCAAACAGACGAACUGGUCGAUAGCCCGCGACAUGAUCCUCGACAAGAAGCACAUGACCGGAGUUAUUGCUCCCUACCAGCACAGUAGGAAGAUCUUUGAAAUGUGGCGCAAGAUCGGGAAACCAAUGCCCUUCUCGUUGGUACAGGGAGCGGAGCCAGCAUCUUUUUCCGCUGGUGCCAUGCCGCUGUCGGAUGGCAUAGAUGAGGCUGGCUUCCUGCGAUUGCCUGCCCAGGCAGAGAUUGUCGUCGAAGGUCACGUCUCGCUGACCCGGCGUGCACCAGAGGGGCCAAUGGGAGAAUUCCACGGCUACAUUUCGAAUCGAAUUAUAGAGAAACCAGUGUAUGAAAUCAGUGCCAUUAUUCAUCGCAACAACCCCUUGCUACCAGUCACGUCGGCCGGGAAGCUGGUGGAUGAGGACCACACGAUCACGGGAGUCUCAGCCUCAGCCAUGGUGCUGGAGACGCUAAGAGACCAUGGACUGCCGGUCACCUCGGCGUCGGCACCUCCCGAAACCGAACAGCAGCUUCUUACCAUCUCCGUUCCCCGAGACUGGUACCAGAAAAUCGAAUUGUCCGCGGACGACUUUGUGCGAAAGAUUGUGGCGACGGCAAAGUCAAUCCAUGGAACGCAGCGAUACACACGCGUCCUUGUCUGCGAUGACGAUAUCGAGCUCUUCAAUCAUCGAGACAUGAUCGGGGCAUGGAACACGCGGUGUCAUCCCGGCACUAGCCGCAUUAGGCUGGACGGCCAGCCGAUCAAUCCUGCGAUCCCAUUUUAUCCCGAGAUUACCGAACAGUUUCAAAAGUUCCUCGCCGACCCUGAACAUGCGACGUGGAGAUUCUCGGGAACGAUCGAAGCCCUGAAGUACCUUCGCCCGGUGGGGUGGGAUCCCCAAAGGCUGUCGGACUUUGCCCAUAACUUUCCGGAGGACCUACAAAAGAAGGUCGUUGAACAAUGGGUGGAAUAA